AUGGCGUCUCUCCGCACCGCCGAGCACACAAAGACCGACCAGGAGCUUGCCAUCUCCAUCAAGAAGGCUACGAAUGCCGACGAGAUCUCUCCCAAGCGCAAGCAUGUUCGAGCAUGCAUCGUUUACACAUGGGAUCAUAGAUCAUCACUGGCCUUCUGGUCGGGCAUGAAGGUGCAACCCAUCAUGGCCGACGAGGUCCAGACUUUCAAAGCUCUCAUCACCAUUCACAAGGUCCUGCAGGAAGGCCAUCCUAGUGCUCUCAAGGAGGCUAUGGCUAACAGAGGCUGGGUCGACGGCCUGAAUCGCGGCAUGGCCGGUGAAGGCGUCCGUGGCUACGGUCCCCUCAUUAGAGAAUACGUCUACUUUUUGCUCGCCAAGCUCUCUUUCCACCAGGCGCACCCCGAAUUCAACGGAACAUUCGAAUACGAAGAAUACAUCAGUCUCAAGGCUAUCAAUGACCCCAACGAAGGCUACGAGACCAUUACAGACCUUAUGGUGCUGCAGGAUAAGAUUGAGCAGUUCCAGAAGCUCAUCUUUUCCCACUUUCGCAACGUCGGUAACAACGAAUGCCGAAUCGCGGCCCUUGUGCCCCUCGUCCACGAGAGCUAUGGAAUAUACAAAUUCAUCACAAGCAUGCUUCGCGCCCUCCACACGAUUACCGGUGAUGACGAUGCUCUACAGCCUCUUCGCGAACGAUACGAUGCGCAGCACUACCGACUGGUCAAAUUUUACUACGAAUGCUCGAACUUGCGCUACCUCACGAGUCUGAUUAAUAUCCCCAAGCUUCCGCACGAUCCUCCGAACCUCCUUGCCGAAGACGAGAAUGCCCCCGCUCUUCCUGCACGCCCCAAGCAAGAGAUUGAACGCCAGCCCACGCCUGUUCCCGAACCCAAAUCAGAGGAACCCGACGAGAUAUCAGACUUCUGGAAGAGCGAGUUGGACCGCCAGAACAGAGAGUACGAGGAGCAACAGCGCGUUCUGGAGCAGCGACAGCAAUCUCAACUCCUGGCCCAGCAGCAGGCCCAGAUGCAGGCCCAGCGAGACUUUGAUGACCAGCAAAGACGUCUUGCAGAGCAGCAGCAGCGAGAGCAAGAGGCUCUGCUUGCCCAGCAGGCUCAAUGGCAGACCCAGGGCAGACUGGCAGAGCUUGAGCGUGAGAACCUGAAUGCGCGCUCGCGCUUCGAGCAGGACCAGCUGAUGCUACAAAAAUACGAUCAGCGCGUCAAGGCUCUUGAGGGUGAGCUCGCCCAGCUGCAAAACAACUACGGCCAGCAAAUCACCAGCAAGGACGAGCAAAUCCGGGCCCUGCAGGAACAGGUUAAUACCUGGAGGACAAAAUACGAGGCCCUGGCCAAGCUGUACUCGCAACUGCGUACUGAACACCUUGACCUUCUGCAAAAAUUCAAGGCUGUUCAGCUCAAGGCCGCCAGUGCACAAGAAGCCAUCGAUCGACGGGAGAAGCUAGAGCGUGAGAUCAAGACCAAGAAUCUCGAGCUCGCUGACAUGAUUCGCGAGCGCGACCGCGCCAUGCACGACAAGGAUCGACUGUCUGGCAGUAACAAGGACGAGCUCGAGAAACUCAAGCGCGAGUUGCGCAUGGCCAACGACCGCGCCGAUAACCUGGAGCGGAGCAAGGGCAACGAGCUGUCCACCAUGCUCGCCAAAUACAACCGCGAGAUGAGCGACCUGGAGGAGGCGCUCCGCACCAAGUCUCGAGCUCUUGACGAUGCUCACUCCAAGCUUCGUGACGGCAGCUCUGAUCUUGAGCAGCUCCUGCGAGAUAAGGAGGAGGAGCUCGAGGUGUACAAGGCCGGCAUGGACCAGACUCUAAUCGAGCUCAACGAUCUCAAGCAGAACCAGGGUAGCAACGAUGAAGUCUUGGACAGCCAGCUCGACGCCAUCAUCAUGGCCAACCUGGACAAGAUUCAUGACAUUAUUGACUCUGUUCUCCAGGCCGCCAUUGGCCGUGUCGAUGAUGCUCUUUAUGAACUUGACUCUACCAUGCAGGCCGGUAACCAAAACGCUUCGCCCGCCUACGUCCUGUCGCAGAUUGAAAAGUCUGCUGCCAGCGCCAUGGAGUUUGCGACAUCCUUCAAUAACUUCAUUGCCGAUGGCCCCAACAGCACGCAUGCGGAGCUAAUCAAGUCGGCGAACGUUUUUUCAGGAGCCAUGGCUGACGUCUGCAGCAACACCAAGGGUCUGACGAGACUGGCGACCGAUGACAAGAAGACCGACUCUUUGAUGAACGGUGCGCGUCAGUCAGCCAUGGCAUCGGUCCAAUUCUUCCGCAGCCUACAGAGUUUCCGCUUAGAGGGCAUGGACCAAGUGCAAAAGACGGACGUUGUCAUCAACAACAGCACAGACGUACAGAUGAACCUGCAGAAGCUGAACAAGCUGGUCGAGGGCUUCGCUCCAGGGUUUGGCAAGUUUGCGAACAACAAGGGUGAUCUCGGUGAUCUCGUCGACUCUGAGCUGAGCAAGGCAGCUGAUGCCAUUGCUGCGGCGGCGGCUCGCUUGGCCAAGCUCAGGAACAAGCCCCGCGACGGCUACUCUACAUACGAGCUCAAGGUCAGCGACACGAUCCUGGACGCGGCUACUGCCAUUACCAACGCGAUUGCGGAGCUCAUCCGGGCUGCUACGGCUACACAGCAAGAGAUUGUACAGGCGGGCAAGGGCUCAUCCUCACGAACGGCAUUCUACAAGAAGAACAACAGAUGGACGGAGGGCCUCAUUUCAGCAGCCAAGGCGGUAGCCUCAUCUACGAACACGCUGAUUGAGACGGCGGAUGGUGUGCUGUCGAAGCGAAACAGCCCUGAGCAGCUCAUUGUGGCUUCCAACGACGUGGCUGCCUCGACGGCACAGCUGGUAGCAGCGAGCCGUGUCAAGGCGGGCUUCAUGUCCAAGAACCAGGACAAGCUGGAGCAAGCCAGCAAGGCCGUGGGUGCUGCGUGCCGCGCGCUGGUGCGGCAGGUGCAGAGCAUGAUCAAGGAGCGUUCGCAGGAGGAAGACCAGGUUGACUACUCGAAGCUGGGACACCACGAGUUCAAGGUGCGAGAGAUGGAGCAACAGGUCGAAAUCCUCCAAUUGGAGAAUGCUCUCGCUGCAGCCCGACACAGAUUGGGCGAAAUGCGCAAGAUCUCGUACCAGGAAGAAUAA